GCCAUUCAGGCAGUGAGGACCCACGAACUGAAGGCCUACACCAUCUAUGUGAAGCCUCCUCCACUGGAGCGCCUAAGGGAGAGCAGACAAGACGCGUACAUCACCACCAACUACUACGUCAACCGACCGUACAAGGAUGAAGACUACCAGGAAAUGGAAGAAGCCGCCCGGAAGAUUGAGACCCACUACUGGCAGUUCUUUGACCACGUGAUCGUCAAUGACGAGCUGCAGUCCUCCUGCGUCCAGCUGCUGGCGGCAGUGAGGAAGGCGCAAGACGAGCCGCAGUGGGUCCCUGCCAGCUGGAUUCGACCCAACAACGAGUCGUAAGGGGGGACAGAAGAGGAGACAAGACAUUUUUGUAAAUCUCAUUUUACAGAUUCCUCACUGUAAAAAUAAAGAAGUCUACAUAUUUAUUUUUUAUUUCAAUGUUGUUGUUACUUCUGUGCUUGUAAUUUCCAAAAAUCCCCAUGAAACUGUGUCAGAGUUUAAUGUUAGAAGUUUAAAUUUAGAGCCAAUUAGAAGUAACUACUAGUUAACAAUAUAUUUCUUUGUACAAAAGCUAAACAGUUUGAAACAACU